UAGCUUUUUCUUUCUUUUUUUCAAUUUGCUCCUUUUCGGUUUUUAAAAAUUUUUAGUUAUCCAUAAAAAUGUCAAAAGGUACGGGACCAUUGUCGAAGCUCUAUAAUGUCGUAAUUCAUUCUGUAGAAAAGGUUGUGCCAAAAGCAGCGCAACCAUUUUGGCAAUCGCCAGCAGGUCCUCGUACUGUUUUCUUUUGGGCGCCGAUGUUUAAAUGGUCCUUGGUUUUGGCGGGGCUGAGUGAUACUUUAAACCGUCCUGCUCCAAAUAUUUCGCUUAACCAGUGUGGUGCCUUGGCUGCUACGGGAUUAAUUUGGUCCCGCUACUCAGUGGUUAUAACACCCAAGAACUACAGUCUCCUAGCUGUCAACAUAGCCGUAUUUUUCAUCCAGAGUUAUCUUAUAAUUAAACACUUGAGAUGGCGCAAUCAAAAUGCCAAGAAUGCAGUGUACAGUCAUACUAACUUUCCCUUCCACUCGGAGGAUGAAUGGUGAAAUUCUACAAAGGAUACAAGAGCUAAAACUAUUGGUUUUAAUAUUUAUAGAAAACGGGAAUAUAAAAGAAGAUCGUUUAAGAAGUUGAUAAUCUUUGAAGAACCUUGUAAAGUUGGAAUGAAAAUAGAAGUCCGAAAAUAUAAAAAGGAUCGCCAAUACAAAGAGUAAUUAUUGCUAUGCAGUGCAUGGAAAUAUUCUUUUGAAAUUGACAAUCCAUAUUUUUAAAUAAAAACAACCAUAAUGUUUGUUGUGCCGCUCUGAA